AUGGAGGAACAAGAAGAAUAUGGAAAACGCAAAAAUAAAUUAGCUGUUUUUGAGCAUGUGGUGCAAAAUGAAAAACCUUCCAAAAUAAGAAAGUUAAUCACAUUAAAUUCGGAAGAUUCCCAAUCAGAAUUAGUUAUAGAUGAACCAGUAUCACCUAUAAAGAGAAAAAAGAGGAGUCAAAUCGUGAAGUUGUCCGAGGAACGGUUAAACUUGGAAUGUAAAUGGGGUACUUGUAAUGAAAUUUUCAAUUGUUGGGAAAAUUUUAAUACACAUUUGGUGAAACACGCCACCGAUUCUUCGGAAGAUCUCGUAUGCCAGUGGAUAGAUUGCGAUACAGAGGAAAUCGAAAGUGUAGAAUUAUUAAUGCAACAUUUAUCUUUCCACGGUUACUUAUCGAAAUUGAAAAAUAUAGGCGAUAACGUCGCAACAAGGGAAAAAUUACCGAAAUGCACAGAAUCGUAUUUGAGCGUGUUGCCCUCAUUAAAAUCGGGCUACGAAUGCGAAUGGCAACAUUGCACUUUCAGUUUUUGGACUAUAUUCGACUUCCUGAACCACAUGAACGUACAUAUCAAAAAUAAUCCCAAAAUGGCGAAAAAUAAUGAGGUUAUAGAAUGUUGUUGGAACGCUUGCAAUACGAAAUACGCGACCCAAACAAAAUUAGCCGACCACCUAAAAACCCACACCAAAGAAAAAAUAAUGGGAUGCGCCAAUUGCAACAGAUUAUUUUCGAAUAAAACCAAAUUUUGCGAUCACAGGAAACGCCAGAAAACCCAAUUAUCGACAGCUUUACAAACUUAUCAAUGUUCCCAAUGCGUCAAGUUGUUUCCCACGGAAAGAUUGCUCAGGGAUCACAUGAGGUCCCACGUUAACCAUUACAAAUGCACCAUGUGCGAUAUGACUUGUUCGAAGCCUUCGGUUCUAGCUAAACACAUUCGAUUCAAGCACAUCGAUUUUAAACCGUAUCGAUGCCCGAAUUGCGAUAAAAGAUUCGUGGAAAAAUAUAAUUUGAACACACAUUUGAAAAUCCACGAAGAAGAAAAUCCUUUGAAAUGUUAUCUGUGCGAAUUCGAAUGCCGAUCUAAAGUCGGAAUGGAUAAUCACUGCGUCAAAAUGCACGAUUCGGUUGGUUCGGUGUAUGAAUGUCAUUGUUGUAAAAAAAGAUAUAAACGCGGUACAUAUUUGACCACCCAUUUAACCGAAUAUCACGAUUACCGAUGGCCUUCGGGUCACACCAGGUUUCGGUACCGUAAAGAUGAAGACGGAAUCCAUAGGCUCCAAACGGUCCGUUACGAGAGCUUGGAAGUGACGCAGGAUUUGAUACGAAGCGAGUCGAUGCAGGCGAGCGGUAGCGUGAAAGAAGCCCCGUCGUAUAACUUCAGAUACGAUAGUGAUUCUAAAACCGGUUACGUGGUUCAUAUUACCGAUGAGGGUAAAGAGAACGCGGACCGGAACGAUGGUGGCGAUCGAGAUGGCGUCGAAGAGAAUGUCAUGAUUACUAUUAAUGAUCUGGACGAGGAAGGGAACAUUAUGAAAUGCGAAGUCGUGCAAUCUAAACUCAUACCGAUGGAUCAGUUGCCCGAUUUGGAUUACGCCACCCCCGUGGAUGUGAAUCCGGUGGUGGAGACAAAAUUGGAAGCUAUUGAUAAAACGGAGGAAAUUGAAACUUGCAUACUCGAUUAUCAAUUUUUUAAAAAUACUUGAUCUAGUUCUUUUCAAAUUUUUGUGUUUAUAUUUUUUUUUCUGAAUAAAUACAUUAAUUCGU